GGAUGGAGACUGGACGCUUGGGGAUCUGGCCAGGAUUCCCUGGCCCUGACCGGUUGGCCCAGGUUUGGUCUCCUCUAUGCCAACGGCUGCUCAUGGGAAGCAAGACUUUCAGGCGUGCUGGAUUUCGGGGUGCCAUUCACUGCUGCAGCCCUCCCAAUUUCCCCUGAGAGGGAGCAGGAGAGGUCAAUCUUCUCAUUUUGGUUGGGAAAAUGCAGUUAGAGAAAACGAGAGACAUCCAAGGCAACAAGCCAUGGACGCCGCUCUGCUCCUGAACGUGGAAGGGGUCAAGAAAACCAUUCUGCACGGGGGCACGGGCGAGCUCCCAAACUUCAUCACCGGAUCCCGAGUGAUCUUUCAUUUCCGCACCAUGAAAUGUGAUGAGGAGCGAACGGUCAUCGACGACAGCCGGCAGGUGGGCCAGCCCAUGCACAUCAUCAUCGGAAACAUGUUCAAGCUCGAGGUCUGGGAGAUCCUGCUCACCUCCAUGCGGGUGCACGAGGUGGCCGAGUUCUGGUGUGACACCAUCCACACGGGGGUCUACCCCAUCCUGUCCCGGAGCCUGCGGCAGAUGGCCCAGGGCAAGGACCCCACAGAGUGGCACGUGCACACAUGCGGGCUGGCCAAUAUGUUCGCCUACCACACGCUGGGCUACGAGGACCUGGACGAGCUGCAGAAGGAGCCUCAGCCUCUGAUCUUUGUGAUCGAGCUGCUGCAGGUUGAUGCCCCGAGUGAUUACCAGAGGGAGACCUGGAACCUGAGCAAUCAUGAGAAGAUGAAGGCAGUGCCCGUCCUCCAUGGAGAGGGAAAUCGGCUCUUCAAGCUGGGCCGCUACGAGGAGGCCUCUUCCAAGUACCAGGAGGCCAUCAUCUGCCUAAGGAACCUGCAGACCAAGGAGAAGCCAUGGGAGGUCCAGUGGCUGAAGCUGGAGAAGAUGAUCAAUACUCUGAUCCUCAACUACUGCCAGUGCCUGCUGAAGAAGGAGGAGUACUACGAGGUGCUGGAGCACACCAGUGACAUUCUCCGGCACCACCCAGGCAUCGUGAAGGCCUACUACGUGCGUGCCCGGGCUCAUGCAGAGGUGUGGAAUGAGGCUGAGGCCAAGGCAGACCUCCAGAAAGUGCUGGAGCUGGAGCCGUCUAUGCAGAAGGCGGUGCGCAGGGAGCUGAGGCUGCUGGAGAACCGCAUGGCGGAGAAGCAGGAGGAGGAGCGGCUGCGCUGCCGGAACAUGCUGAGCCAGGGUGCCACGCAGCCUCCCGCAGAGCCACCCGCAGAGCCACCUGCAGAGCCACCCACAGCACCAUCUGCAGAGCUGCCUGCAGGGCCACCUGCAGAGACACCCACAGAGCCACCCCCGUCCCCAGGGCACUCACUGCAGCACUGACCCCCCUGAGGCCCACAGUCAGCCUGACACUCAGGUUGACUCUACAAUCUGAAUGUCAAUAAACAGCAUUUGCAUGAU